AUGGCCAAAGAAGAAACGACCAAAAAGGGCUAUAUCUGGGCACACGAACAGAGAGAAAAAUGGGAUGAAAUUACUGUUGAAAAGUUGACACUUUUAGAGGAUAUACUGAAGGUUCAUUUGAAGUGGUUUGAUCAACAUAGUACUCCCAAUGAUCUAAUCCAUUGGAAGCGUCCCACAAGAUCAGUGCAGGCACUGGCAUCAGAACCAACAUCUGUCAUAACAAAGCGUCAGUCAAAUGUUCAGCCUAAAGCAACGACCUAUGCAACCACAAGAAAGACGGACAGAUUAGAACGCGACAUUGACUCUACAGACGCAAUAACCAUUAUUGAAAAAGACAGCAGUGUUGGAUCGUCCCAAACAACGCAUAAAGAUGCAAAAGUUUAUUCGAUCGAUAGUGUUGUUACUGUGAGGACACCACCAUCCGUUCGCCCAUCCAUUACGCUUGACACGUCGGUGACAUCGGUCCAUCACAAAGCUCAUCCAAAAAAGCAAACUCACACGAUGGAGCAAGGAACAAGUGAUAUCAAAGGUAGGGGUUCUCAUAGUGGCCCCAUCCAAAGAGACGAUGCAAAAGAUCAACAAGAGGAGGAGGAUGACGAAGAGUUCGACGAACAAGAGGAUGAAAUCGAGAUUGUUGUGUCAAAACGGUUUGCACAACAACAGAAGCAACAGCAACAACCUACCUACGCCAACAUAACGGCCGCUAAAAAAACAGCCACGACGCAUUUGAACGGCGUUCCUCCAACUGGAUCCAAUGCUACGUCUACGUCAUCCAACGGAUCAUUAUCAGCACCAGUAACCAACGUCAUCCAACGAAAACAAUCACUGGCUGAAGAAACGGAUAGCCAACAGAAACACACCGAACGAAUAUCUGAGCACAAUAGCAGGGACAAUAAGUAUGAUGAUACCAACAAUAACGAUAUCGUGAUAAGUGAUGCAUUGCCAGAACCACCUUUGAAGAGAUCCAAAUUGUUGUCUCUCUCUAAUAAACCCUUUUCUUCCUCAACAACCGCAGCAGCAACCACAGCUACUCGUAGCACUACUACUUCCACCACCACCACAGCAAUCCAUCCACAAGAAAUGACCACACAACAGCCUUUGGACAAAUCUUUACAAAAAGAAAAGAAUCCACCCUCCUCCUCAACGAUACCAAGCUGGGCACAAAACCCUGACCUCAGAAGACAACUAGAGUUACAAUUCUCAACCAUGGAUCCAGAUGAAAUCUUUGGACGUUUACCACCAUUUCAAGAACAAGAAAUUUUUCAUAACGACCGUAUCAUUGAAAUACCCAAAAAAGCUCCAGAGGCUUUUUAG